AUGGCGCUGCCCUUCGACACGGUAUCGUGCUCCCCGCUGGACGACAGCGCGCCGUGCAGCGGCUGCGGAUGGAAGUGCGGCUGCUACCAGUGCUCCAGCGCCAACAACAGCCGCACCUGGGCGGAGUGCCAGUGCCCCUGCCGCUUCUGGGUCGUCGUCUGUUUCGUCGUCCUGGCGGGCUUCUUCGUAUGUUUCUACAUCGCCACCGUCUUCCGCAAGACGCUGCUCUACAGCAUGGCCUCGGGCGCCGUGGCUGUGGCAGCCGCGCUCAGCGCGCUGGCGGCAGGCAACGUAUCCGCGCGGCGGCCUGGGGGUGCCCUACUUGACGGGCUCCAUCCCUGA